AUGGCCUCUCGGUGGCCAAGCUUGGGGAGCUCCGUGCGCCUGAGAUCCCUCCCGGACCACAAGCAGCUGGAGGAGUGCGACGAGCAGCCUGCAGACAGCCUCACAGAGGUCUCCGGCGGGGCCCUGGGCUCCCUGUGUAGGCAGUUCCAGAGGAGACUUCCCCUGAGAACAGUCAGCCUCAACUUAGGGCCAGGCCCCUCCUGGAAACGUCUGGAAGCCCCAGAGCCAGGCCAGCAGGGACUCCAGGCUGCAGCUCGCUCAGCUAAGAAUGCUUUGGGCGUCGUGUCCCAGAGGAUCCAGGAGUCUUACCAGAGCAGUACCAAAUGGUUGGUGGAGACCCAGGUGAGAGCCAGGAGGAGGAAGCGAAGCGUGCAGAAGUGCACCAGCCCCCCCACUCGCAGCCUGAGCCAGAGGAGCACCCGGAAGCCCGGCACCACCCCUACGCGCUCAGCUCUGAGCCCCUGGGAGAGGGAGCGCACCUGUCUCUCUGCCCAGAGCGGCCCGCAUGCUCACCCACUGCGGCGCUCCAGGAGGGAGGCUGCCUUCCGGAGCCCCUACUCCUCCACAGAGCCCCUCUGCUCCCCCAGCGAGUCUGACAGUGACCUGGAGCCUGUGGGCGCUGGAAUUCAGCACCUCCGGAAACUGUCCCAAGAGCUGGACGAUGCCAUUGAUGCUGAAGACAGUGGCGACAUGACCAUUUCUCUCAUUCGGAACUGAGGACAGUGCUCAUCAGGUAAUCCACCACCAACGCAUCCUUCUCGGUGUCCUCCUCCUCAGCCUCAGCACACAUGCAUAUUCAGAGGCAUGUUCAGGAACUGGAUGUUUUCUGGAAACACCCC